AUGGCCGGGGCUUGGCUGCUGCUUCUCUUGGCCCUCGGGUGUCCAGCCCUGCCCGCAGGUGUGGGCGGCACCCCCUUCCCCUCGCUGGCGCCCCCCAUCACCAUGCAGGUGGACGGGAAGCAGCAGGUGCUGGUGGUCUGCCUGGUCCUGGACGCGGCGCCCCCUGGCCUCGAGAGCCCCGUCUGGUUCUCCGCUGGCAAUGGCAGCGCCCUGGGCGCCUUCACCUACGGCCCUUCCCCAGCCGCAGAUGGCACCUGGACCAGCCUGGCCCAGCUCUCCCUGCCCGCGGAGGAGCUGGCAUCCUUGGAAGUCUUGGUCUGCCACACGGGGCCUGGGGCUGGGGACCGCAGCCAGAGCACACAGCCCCUGCAGCUGUCAGGAGAGACGUCCUCAGUCAGUACCUGCCUCUGGGAGCCUCUGGGGGGGACGGGGGGCCUUGUGCUGAGGCUGGGGGCGCUGAGGCUGCUGCUCUUCAAGCUGCUGCUGGUGGACCUGCUCCUGACCUGCAGCCGCCUGCUCACUCCGCCCGCUGCACCCGGCUGCCCGCACUGGCCGCCCCGCAGCCUGGGCGGUCGGAACACCUUCGUGCCCGGCUAA